CAAACCUCCUGAUACAGGUUCAAUUUUAUAACAUUUGUUCAUAGAUAAGGAGGACCAAACUUCACCGAGUUCAAUCUUUCUCUCGAUAAGUCUAUAAUUCGAAUAAUAUAUUUUCAAUAAACAUGAAAUAUGUAGUAAAGCUAUCAUAGGGACAAACAACGUGUUAGGAGUAAUAUAUAUAAACAAGACCAUGGCAGACAAACUACAUGUAGUUACAGCUUUAUAUUUUUUAACAGCUUUUGUGGCACAGACAGCUGGGCAGACAAGUACCCAAGCACCGACAAGGAAGCCAGGUGUGAGUCAGAACUUAUUCAUUCCCCUUGUGUUUGUAUUCGCCGUUGGGUCAGGGGUAGCUAUGGCAGUCAUACAGUUCUACUUCAAUAAAUGGAACAGGAAGAGGAAAAGAGCUAAGGCGGAACGAGAAAAUGUCGAGGCUGAUCUCAGUGAAAAAGAUAAACGUGAAGAAACAGCUAUGAAUACUGAAAGAGUUUAGUCAUGAACACAGACAGUAGUUGAACUCGUGCAUAAAUAGGGUCUACACAAAUAAGUUAUUGCAAAAAGUUUAAAUAAAGAAAUAUUGUAUACACGUUCCAGACUUUGCCAUUUUUGAUAUAUUCUUAA